AUGGCAAAAGCAUAUACGCAAGAUGAGUUUGAUCAGUUGAUGCUUAAGGUUCAGAAAGUAGAUAUGCGGGUUGCAGAGUAUUUGGAUGAAGCUGGUAGGGAUAGGUGGGCUAGAGUUUAUGCAACUGUCAACCGAGGUUGGACAAUGACUUCUAAGAUUGCGGAGUGUAUUAACAAACAUCUUCUAGCUGCUAGAGAACCGAUAUAUGACUUUCUGGAAGAGGUUCGAAAGAUGUUUGAUAGAUGGAAUUACACUAAUAGGAGAAGUGGAACAUACACGUUCACCACACUCGGUAAAAAAUUCCAAGAGAUGCUGUCAAUCAAUGAGUAUUUGUGUCUACGAAUGACGAUUGAACCAUCAACAGAAUUUGUUUGUCAUAUGUUUCAAUUAGACGAAAUCCCAUGUCCGCACGCAUGGGCUGUUAUAAAACAGAAACAUUUGGUUGUUGAUAAUUAUUGCUCCGAUUUAUUCAUGCCAGAGACAGUUGUAAAGACAUACGAUAUUACUGUGGAUCCUCUACUAGACGAGCGUGAAUGGAAAAUUCCAAAAGACAUCUUGGAUGAAGUGGUGUUGCCUCCGAGAUACAAAAUACCACCUGGUCGGCCAAAGAAGAGGCGUGACAAACCUUUACAUGAAUUAAUGGCUGGAAAAAAGAGACAUGCUUGCAGUACUUGUGGAUAA